GGCAACUUCAUCGUCGCAUAAACACCCGCAAGAAGAGAAAAUCACAAACCUCCGCAAUCAUGUUGAGACAAAUCAAACCCAAGAAUGCGCGAAGCAAGCGCGCUCUGGAGAAGAAAGCGCCCCAACUCCACGAGAACCCCAAAAUGACCCUCUUCCUUCGCUACACAUCAUGCUCCGAGAUUGUCCAACUAGCCAUGGGCGACCUGCACAGUCUAAAACGGCCCAUGGCUCAAAAAUUCACAAAGAAAAACGACAUUCACCCCUUUGAAGAUCCUUCAUCGCUGGAAUUCUUUGCCGAGAAGAAUGAUUGCUCUCUGAUGGUCUUUGGCAGUCACUCGAAGAAGCGCCCUCAUACUGUUACUUUUUGCCGCAUGUUUGACUUUAAGGUCUUGGAGAUGUUGGAGUUGCAUGUCGAUCCCGAGACUUUCAGGACGAUUUCUCAGUUCAAGAGUGCAAAGGCUAGGGUGGGCUUGAAGCCUUUGGUGUCGUUUUCGGGGACUGCGUUUGAUGCUCCCGUCGCAAACAACUAUACCCUGGCCAAAUCCCUGCUUUUGGACUUCUUCAAGGGAGAGGAUACGAAUAAUGUGGAUGUGGAGGGUUUGCAAUACAUGGUUCACAUUUCCGUUGCCGAGGAAGAGGAUGCUCAACCUGCGCCAAAGAUUCAACUUCGCACAUAUAUGAUCUCGACAAAGAAGUCUGGACAAUCGCUUCCUCGUGUCGAGGUCGAGGAGAUGGGCCCGAGGAUUGAUUUCCGCAUCGGUAGAGUCAAGGAAGCUGAUGUGGAUAUGAUGAAGGCUGCCAUGAAGAAGCCCAAGGGUCUUGAGGCAAGAAGCAAGAAGAACAUCGAAACCGACAUCAUCGGUGACAAGGUCGGACGCAUCCAUCUCGGCAAGCAAGACCUCAACGACAUGCAGACAAGAAAGAUGAAGGGUCUCAAGAGAAACAGAGACGAUGACACCGAGGGCGGUCCCGUCGUCUCUGAUGACGAGGGUGAGGACGUCGAGUUUGACGGUGGUGUCGAGAUCAAGAAGAUCCGCGUCUAAGCUACCUACUUGCUGUCCACCAUUUGAGUGGAAGAAAGCAUGAACAGAGGAGACUAGCAUGUGUGUCUUGAUACACACACGCACACCGCAAGGAAGAAGAAAAAGUACUUGUCGCAUUUUUUUUUUUUCGAGCGUGGAGUUUCGGAUCAUCACCAAUUGUUCAUUCGGGGUUCUACUGCCUUUCGUUUGGUAGAAAGUAGGGCAAAAAAGAAAUCCACAAAAUUUGCAAAGAUA